CUUCCACAUUACUUACUGCUGCUCACACUGCACUCAUUUUCUCUCUCUAAAAUGAAAAAUCCCCAUUAUUCUCACACCUCUUACCCCGCGAAUCCCCCCUUUACUUCCCCGCCAUGAAAGCCACAACCUUUCGCACCUUUUACUUCAUUCCAGAUCAAACCCGUCGUUGAUCUCAACAACCCGACCCGAUUUAUCACGCAAUGCAAGACUCAACCUCCGCUUCCGCCGCCGUCGAACCCGACUACAACCACCACCACCACCAAUACGCGCAGCUGAAACGGAACAACCGGACCAAGCGGCCGGUCUUCAAGGUUCUCCAGGGGCAGAUCGCAUUCCGGCUGGUGUGCCACGCGUCAACCGUCGGCGGCCUGAUCGGGAGCUCCGGUUCAAUCGUGUCGCAGCUCCGACGAGACACCGGUUGCAAAAUCCACUGCGAGGACUCAGUCUCCGGCACCGACGACCGGGUCAUACUGGUAAUUGGGCCGGUUUUACCCCGGAAAGGUGUCGCCUUGUCCGAUGGGGACGUCGAUUUGGUCGAUGUUUCGAGCGCGCAAGAAGCUGUUCUUAGGGUUUUCGAGAGGAUUUGUGAGCUCGAAAUGGAGAAAGGGUUCAACAACCCCAAUAGGGUUGUGAAUGGAGAAGUUACGUGCAAGUUGCUGGCUCACACUUCUCAGAUUGGUGCGGUCGUUGGAAAAGGAGGAAAGAACAUAAGCACAAUUAGGAACAAUAGUGGUGCCAAGAUUAGGGUUUGUCCCUCUCCACAGUGUGCUGCUAAAGAUGAGGAGUUACUUCUGAUAACUGGUGGGAUUUUGGCUGUAAAGAAAGCACUGAUUUCUGUUUCUUACUGUCUUCAAGAUUGUCCCCCAUUGAACAAAGUUUCACAACCUGUGGCCACAUCCACUGUUAGCUCUUCUGAUACAUUGUCUCUUGAUCCGAAUGCUGACCUUUUCCCUCAUCUUAAUUCAUGGUUACUCUCCAUGGAAGGUUUAUCUAUUUAUGACUCUUACGAUGCAUCAAAACGGACAACAAAGUCUAAUGGAGCUUCCAGCCAUGAGACAAAAGUUACUGAACGUGAAAUUGUGUUCAGACUGCUUUGCUCUAAUAAUGUAGCCGGGAGUGUGAUUGGCAAAAAAGGGGCUAUAGUCAGAAAUCUAGAAAGCAAAACAGGUGCAUCUAUUAUCUUUGCAGCUCCUUUAAGCGAGUUUGCUGAACGCAUUGUCACCAUUUCUGCUAUAGAGGUUAGUCAUAUGAGAAAGCUGCACUGUGCCACUAAUAACCCAUGCUAUUGGUAUUUACAGGGCUCGUUAUCUAACCUUGAAUCAUGUUAUUCUCCUUCCCAAGAUGCUGUUUUUCUUGUCUUUGCUAGAAUUAUUGAAGAUCACAUUGAAAAGGGCUUUCUCUCCAUCUCAAGUAUGGAGUCACCUGUAACUGUGAGGCUUUUAAUUACAUCAAGUUCAGUUAGUUGUUUGAGUGGCAAUGAAAGUCAAGUAAUUUCAGAGUUGAAAGAAUUAACUGGUGCUGAUAUACAAAUUUUGUAUGGAGAAUCAGUUCCUACUGCUACAGAUAAUGAUGUUGUAUUGCAGAUUACUGGUGCGUACAGAUGUGUACAAAAUGCCCUAUAUAAAGUCACUUGUAUAAUCAGGGAUAAUUUUUCACCCAAUGAGGUGCCUGCUGAAUCAAGAAUGAAAUCCAGUUGGAAACCGAACAAGGAUCCUCCAAGGGGUAAUCAUUUUGGCCACGGAAGAUCUUUCCCUUCUGGGAGGUUUCUGCAAAAGAAUGUUGCAGUGCAUGCUGAAACAAUCUCAAAAAAUGGAGAGGUACAUUCAGAUUUAAGCGGGAGAGCAAACUUGCUUGCUACCGUGACAAACACAACCGUGGAGAUUGUAGUUUCUGAGCAUGUCUUUGGUUCUGUUUAUGGCGAAGAUGGUGGUAAUUUGGAUCGAAUUAAACAGAUUUCAGGGGCAGAUGUUCAAGUUUACGAUCCUUGCGCUGGUAAAAGUGGUGGCAGGGUUGUAAUAUCUGGGACACCGGAUCAAACCUUUGCGGCGCAGAGUUUACUUCAGGCAUUCAUUCAAACUGGGCAAAGAGGACCAGAAUGAUAGAUAGUGUUUAGUGUAAUCAGCUGAUGCAAAAAGAUGCAUUUACUUCUCAAGUGCUUCCCUUUAGGGAGGUGCCAUAAAGUGGUGUAUAUACAACCAGAAAAAGAAAAAAAAAAAGAACAUAAGGAAAAAUAUCACACGACCAACUUCACCUUGUGAAUAUGAUGGAAUGGUUAUUCACUCUUUUCUUAAAAGAUGAUGAUGCUUACCUCCUUAGACUAGAAACGCAGAUCUUGUUCUGAUUUAGUGAUUUUUCUGUCCCUCCUUUCCCUCUGUUUUCCUUUUUUUGUGUAUUUUUUUAAGGGGUGGAGGAAGCUAGGUACUGUAAGUCUGUAACAUUGUUAACUAAAUUAUGUUGCUCCAGGAGUUAUCAAUAAGAAUUUAACUUUAUCUUCUUUUCU